UCCUCUCAACGCCAAAAACGAAAAUGGGCAGAGAUCGAAACGUUGCGGUCGCAAGAAAAUCAGUAGAUGAAGAAGAAGGAGAAGUAGAACAAACCGAAGCUCCGUCUAAUAAGAGAAACCAUUCCGAUUCCGGUUCCGGUUCCGGAGAAGACAGGAGUAAGUCUCGAAGGAAAGCGCGGGAAAGUUCCGAGUCGGAAGAGGAAGAGGAUGGGAAAAGGCAGCACCGGAAAAGCGAGAGGAGAAAAAGGAAAUCGCGAAGGCGGUACAGUAGCGAAGAGGACUCGGAUUCCGAGUCCGAGUACUCUGAUUCGGAAUCGGAGGAGAGCGGCUCGGAUUCGGAUUCGGAGUCGGAGAGUGAGAGCGAGGGAGAGAGGAGGAGGAGGAGGAGGAGGAAGAGAAAGGAGAGCAAGCGGAGAGAUAGUGGGGAGGAGGAGAGGGAUAGGAAGAGGAGGAGGAAGGAGAAGGAGAGGAAGAGGAAGAGGAAAGAGAGACACGAAGAAGAGAGAAAGAGGAAAGAGAAGCUGAAAAAGAAGAAGAAGAAGGAGAAGAAAGAGAAAGGGAAGAAAGGAGCGGUCACGAAUUCGUGGGGAAAGUAUGGGAUUAUCAGAGAAACCGAUAUGUGGAAUAAACGGCCAGAGUUCACUGCAUGGUUGGCAGAAGUAAAACAGGUGAACAUGGAAAGUUUGCCUAAUUGGGAAGAGAAGCAGAUGUUUAAACAAUUCAUGGAGGACCACAAUACAGCUACGUUUCCUUCCAAAAAGUAUUAUAACCUGGAUGCUUAUUACAGACGUCAAAUGGAAAAAGACCUGAAAAAAGGUUUCAAGAAGAUCGUGCAAAAAGAACGUACUGUAUUCAAUGAUGAAGAACAGCGUCGGUAUGUUUCAGUGCAUUCUGCAUUGUUAGUAUUUAUCAUGAAGAUGAAAAUAACUUGGCAGCUCUAGUAGUGUUAUGAUUUG